UCGAGGGAAACAGAGAUGGCGGCUAACUGCGCGAGGCGAACCCUACAAUUCUAUUCAGCUUCUGCAAAAACCAUUCUGUCCCGUCCACCGCCUUCACCUUUCGCCUCCAAUGCUUCUAAGCUGACCGAACUCACUUCCCUUAAGCCCGCUUCUGCUCCUCGACUCGCUGCCCAGAAGCUCAAGUUCUCAAGGCUUCCGGUGGAGUUAGGCGGUGCGCAGUCAUUGAUCCCGUUGCACAGUGCUACUGCUUCUGCAUUGUUCACGUCGCUUCUGUCGUUGCAUAAUACCAGCUGGGGGUGCCUAUCAGAAGGUUUUGCAACUCCACUAUAGCAUGGCCACUGAGCUGCUGUUUCUGGGUACAAGGCGGGAUCAUGAAUACAAGAGUUUGUUUCUGAUUGCAAUUGAACUUUAAUGUAACUUCAAAAAGUAGAUUAUCGUUUCAUUCUUUCUCGAUGUUUUUCAGACUGUAGUUAUGGUGACCUGACAUUCUUCAUGUCCUCGUUAGAAAUUUUGAAAACAAGAGAUCGGGAAUGUCUUGGUACAAAUCUGCGACUAGCUUACUGUUGUUUUUGAACCAAUUGGUAAAUUGGCUGUUAUGGUUAUUGGUUUUAUUGGCAAUAAAGUUUGCAAUACAUUAUUGUA